AUGAAUCCCCUAAACGAUGACAAGUUGGAAAAAAUUUCCAACCAUGAACUGAUUAGGAGGAUCAUGGAGCUGCAGAAUUCUUUAAUAAUUAUCUCUGAUCAUAUGGAAUUCCUAAAAAAUAAAAAUAGAAUAUUAGAUGAAGAGAAUGAGAAAUUGGAAAAUCACAUAAGAGACAUUGUGAAUGAUGUGAAAACAGAACUUACACAAAAGUUUGACAAAAAAAAAUCACCUCCUUUGACUUAUGCCCCUGUUAUACGUGAGGAGGAGGCAGCAAUUGAACAAUGCAACGGUUGUGAUAACGAAAGGAGUGUUCAGCGUGAACCCUGCGAAGAGCAGACAUGUGCAACCCCUGACUCGGUAGUACCUGUACCUACAAAUGCCGCUUCACCACGUAGAAGCAUAUCGUGCGGAGACUCCUCAUCAAUUCAACACACCACCAAUGUGCAGUCUUGGGAACACACAAAUCGUGCCUACCCAGAUAAAAACGAAACUAAAAUCGCACAAACGAGUUAUGAAAAAAAUUCAGACCAACAUGUAAAUAAUAUGAGAGUACAGAAAAAGGAGGAACAAAAUUUGAAUCUUCUAAAAGAACACACAAAAAGUAGUAAUAUAUAUAAUUUACUUAUGGAAACAGAAAAGUUGAAUUCCAUAUUUAACAUUGCAUCGAAUGUUCUCAACACAUCAUUUUUCGGCAUAGCAUCAAAAGAACAGGAUGGUAAAAGAAAGGCAUGCCAAUCUGUCCAAGGGUGUCCGGGGGUAGAGCCAAGAGAGUUACAUAAGCAUACACAAAGGGGAGGUUCCAAAACUUCUACAUUGGAGGCUAACCCUACCGAAGCAACUUCAGAAGCGAAUAAUUAUAUGGACUGCUCAGGUGGAGAUGUUCCUGCAGGGGGGGUGGCAGGAAAAGAGAAUACAGAUAUAAUGGACAGGGUCGACAUAAUGGAGGAUGAAGACAUAAACGAGAAAGAUAAGGCACAAAAGGAAACUGAUAUAAAGAGAGAAGUGCUGAUGGUGGAGGAAAACCCCAUUGCAUCGCAUACCAAUAUGGUGGUAAAUGAAAUACCCAUAAAAGGGGGAUACACUCCCGAUGAUCAAAUUACUACCCCUCCGGAUUCACACCAAAUGGAUGAAAAUAUACAUGGGGGAAAAGACAACAACGAUGAGGAAAAUCAGGUAAAUCAUAUCAUACCUGACGAAGGGGAUACCAUUAAAAGGGAAAGUUACAAGGCUUUAGUAUAG